CUUGCACCCGCCGUCGUCGUACCAAGGGAGGCCUUGCACGCUCGUGUGCAAGCAAGGCAGUAGCGGGGAGUUCUCGAGGUCGGAGAGAGCUUUCUGUGUGCCCAGACUGCUGUGCUUUGUUUAUCUCAGCUUUCUAUACAAACGCCUUGCAGAGGAGGCCAGUAUUUUUGAGGAGGAGGGCUAGUCUUGUGGCGGCACCGUUUUGCUGCAGCUGUCUGUGCACAGAGAGGUGAUGUGUUAACACAACUUGCGCCUGGCUUCCGUGGUCCUUGCUUGAACGUCUGGCUCUGUGUGACAAACAAGACCUCCCCUGGGAAAACCCGCAAGCACAAUGGCAGAGAAAGUGAAUAACUUUCCCCCACUCCCCAAAUUCAUCCCGCUGAAACCAUGCUUCUACCAGAACUUUGCUGAUGAAAUCCCCAUCGAGCACCAGAUGUUGGUGAGGAGGAUCUAUCACUUGUGGAUCUUCUACAGCAUCACCUUGGGGGUGAAUCUCAUUGCUUGCCUGGCCUGGUGGAUCGGUGGCGGUUCGGGUGUCAACUUUGGCUUGGCCCUGCUCUGGCUUCUUUUCUUCAGCCCCUGCAGCUAUGUCUGCUGGUUCCGGCCGGUCUACAAAGCUUUCCGAUCAGACAGCUCUUUUAACUUCAUGGCCUUUUUCUUCAUCUUCGGAGUCCAGUUCAUCUUGACCAUCAUCCAGGCAGUUGGCGUUGGCAAUUGGGGAGCAUGUGGGUGGAUGUCUGCUGUACCGUUUUUCAGCACGAAUGUGGCCGCUGGUGUGAUUAUGCUGCUUCCGGCGAUAAUGUUCACCAUUUCGGCAGUUGUCAUGUUUCUCUUUCUCCUCCGGGUCCAUCGGCUCUAUCGUGGGGGCGGCGGAAGCUUCCAGAAAGCCCAGGAUGAGUGGCAGAGUGGCCUGUGGAGGGACCCUCCCACUCGGGAGGCGCAGUUCAACAACUUCUCUGGCAACAGCCUUCCCGAAUACCCCACAGUCCCCAGCUAUCGCUAACUCGCCGUCAGACUGCCUUGGGUGACUUAUUUGGGGUUGUGCAAAAAAGGAAGAAAUGGAAUAUAUCUUGUUUCAGGGUUUGGGGGGUCUUCUUUUUUUUUUCCCCCAAGGAGAGGGGAAGAAUAAUUUUGUGUUCUCCUGUAUGCCGAUCUCUGCACUCCCCUGCUUUUUCCGUUGGCUGCAGAAGACGGGCCUCCGGGAAAUGGCCGAACUGCAGCUGUUGCCAGGUCUUGACUCCUUGUGUCUUGGGGUCGGGGUCCGCCAUUUUGGUUUCACCUCCCCUCCCCACCCCGGACACACACACACACACAUACACACCCUCACUUUUUGCCAAUGAAUUUUUGCAUGCCCCCACCUUAAGAGAUGCGGUCAGUUUGUGUAGAACAGCUGUGCACUGCCAUGUUUCUCCGUGGGUUUGGGAUGGGGGGACUAAACUCUCCUCUCUCCCCUGCCCCUCCCUACCCAACCUGCUCUCUGUUUGCACUCAUCCCUAAGGCUCUUUCGAGAUCAGUUCUAGUUGUUGCAAGAGGAGAAGCUGUUGUCCAGUGGGUAAUUUCUUGCAAAAUGCCCGUUUGAGUGAUUGACAGACAGUGCCACUUCAGAUUUCGGGGUUGGGGGGGGGCUGGGCUGGACACUGUGGUGCUUCUUUCCUAUCAAAGGGCCUCUCUAGAAAAGAGCUAGUCCCCCUAAGGUUCUACGCCUUAGGGGCUGGUUUUCCAUGUGAUGGAACUGGUUUCAUGGGGGGAUCAUUCAAGUGUGUGAUUUCCCCCCUCCCUUAAAUUAUUCUUCUGCCCCUCUCUUAAAUAAAUAGUCUGAAGUGAUGCCGUUGUAUUAAGGCAGGCUCUGCUGUUUGGUGAAGACCAGCUUUAAAUCUUCCUGCAGACAUUGUGGAAAACACUGGUUCCUUCUGGGAGCUUUUGGUCUUAAAAAAGAUUGAGCCAGUCUCUUCAUUAAGCUGCAGAGUUUUCGCCUUCCCGUAACUUUCUAAUAGAUACCUCUCUCAACCGUGGAUGGGAAGCCCUGUGUGUGCCUUCUGAAAUAGCACCCAGUGUUGUAGUCUCAGAACUUACAGGGGUUCCGGGAGAGAGGUCGUAACGUUGCAUGGGGCUCCGUUGCUGUUUCAGAUGGACUGGAUCCUGAUGCUCCUGAUCCCCGGGUGGGUUUCUGCCUGUGCUUGGGCUUCUAUCAUCUUCUGCAGUCGGGAUCGGGAUCGGAAGUGCCACACACACACCCCCCACACACACCUCAACGCUCGGGCCUUUUUGGAGUGCUUGUGUUGGCAUCCCGGAGAUCACAAUUUUCACCAGGAAGCGGUAAUGUGAAAAGCAGCUCCCAUAUCUCAGUGGAGCUGGUCUUCCUUCCGUGGGUGUCUGUGAGGUGACGACGAGGUUGGGCAGGAAAACUCUGUGCAUGGAAUCCGCAGUCUUAAUGACAUGUGCCUUAUCCGGUGUGUAAAUCCCUACCACCAUGAUUUCUCCCCCCUCCCCUUUCUUAUUCCAUUUUCAGAGGACGCCUCCUCCUCCCCCCCACCCCACAGACCAACAUCUCAUGAAUAUGAAUUGAAAUGCAACCUGCAUCUCUCUCUGUCUCAAGGAAAUUUUGUACCACGUUAACAGACUGAGCCAAAGGGGGGAAACACCUGUUAACGCCAGAGGCCAAACUGCUCUUAAAAUGUUGCGUUCUCCUUUUGGAACAGAUUGAUUGGGGCCGUCUCUCUCCUAUGCCACAAAUCCAGUUUGUUUACAGGCUCCUGAGAUCUUGUGACACAUUCCAAACAAUGGUGGUGGAGGGUUUUUUUGUUUUUUUUUAAAUGAAAAAUGUGUAAUUUUCUGAGCGGAGGGACAGCCUUUGCUCCUAAGUCCUGGAGGACUCCUUUUCUUUUCUUUUUUAAGUCGCCUUGUAGCUAUAGUGUCAUUUUGGUCGCCAAAGUGCUUCGACGCCACUGUCUUGCCUUAAUGGUCAUUUUCUCUUGUGCUUUUGUUACUGGAAGAGCUGACAUGGGGUGCGGGGAGGGGAAGGAUCUCAUUCCUUGGGACAAAGGAUAGCCUACCAAUUCAGUCUGCAUCUUAUCUCCCGUUGGUUCUGGGCCAAGGAGCUAAAGUGCUGGGGAAGCAUUUUUGUGGCGGACCGGGGGAAGUAGCCGGGAAGGUCGCUUGGCUUCCCUAGAGUUGUCUGCCCUGAAGCCAUGAUGUAUGCAGAUACACACACUCACACGACUAUCCACACCUAUCUUGGAUACCGUCAUGCUGACUUGUCUCUCUACCCUCCAUCUCUCCUUCCUCCUGUGGGUUGCUCUGACUUUCUGGCAAAGGGGCGAGGAGAGAGCUUGAGAUGGCAACUGUGGGUGGGUGGUAGGCAGGUACCCUCCUUUGGGAGGGCCAGAUCCAGCUGUCGGGGUGCCAGUUGCUAACCUCCCGUGUCAGCUGACUCCUGGUUUCCCCGUUUUUGCCAUAUUUAAGGGGCUAACCCACUAACACUAAUGCGCCUUUCUAAUUCAAGUUGGGCUUGGGGCUGGACUGAAGGAAUUGGAGGGUAUUCGUCUCCUCUAGCAAGAGACCCCUUUCUGGAGGGUACGGGGUCCUCUGCGGUAGGGAUGCAGAGCAGCUCCAAGGAGAGGCUCUUAAAAUGAGUUUGUCUAAUGCAAAAUGUUGGCUGGCGUGCCUGGCAAAAAACCAGCUUCUCCUGCUAUGCCCAUCUUUGCCCCAGGGUCCCCUAGGAAAUGGACCUAUGCUGGGAAUUCUGCUCCAGAUUUUAGUGCUCCCAUCAUGUUUUGCUUCGCGCCAGAUUGGGCCAUGCCUUACGGCCCAUAACCUUCAUCUCCAGCUCCAUGUUGUCUCGACAAUAUACUAAUGACUGUAAAAAAUAUAUAUUUAUAAGGUCAUGUUUACACUAGAUUCCAAAGGAAUUGCUACUUUUGGGGACAGGGAGACUUCAUUCUACCUGGCUAGCUUUUGUUCUGCAUCAAGUUGUAGAUUACCUUUUGCAUUGUGAUGUAUGGUCUGUUUUGCAUUUUGGGAGUUUCCCCCCCCCUUUAAAAAUAAAUCCAGUUUGCCUACUGAAAAGACA